CUCGUCUAUAAAGCGGCGAACGCAUUCAUAGGGGAAGGGCGUCACAUCCGAGAUUAUCUUGCCACCCACACACGCCGCCCAGAAGCAUCUUGCAUCACCUUUCACCACUUCCCAGCACGUACCAGCUUGACCAUGGCAUCCUCCCAUCCCCCGUACAUCGACGGCAAAGCCCCGUACACGGUCGGCGAUCGCACGUACGAGACCUAUUACAAGGUUUUCGGCGACCUCUCCUCCGGCAAGCGCCCACUCAUCGUUGUCCACGGUGGCCCAUCCUUCACCCACGACUACCUUCUGCCCAUCGGGGACCUCGCGAGCACUCAUGCCAUACCAGUCGUCUUCUACGACCAGGUUGGCACCGGGCUGAGCACGCACGUCCGCGAGAAGAAGGGCGACACCACCUUCUGGACUAUCGACUUCUUUAUCGACGAGCUGCUCAACCUCCUCUCCCACCUCAAGGUCGAGGAGUACGACUACCUCGGCCACUCGUGGGGCGGCAUGCUCGGGCAGGAGGUCGUCCUGCGGCGGCACCCGCAAGGGGUGAAGCACUUCAUCCUGGCGAACAGCCUGCCGAAGAGCGAGUGGUGGGGCCAGUCGUUCAAGCAGCUGCUGGAGAAGGCAGACAUUCCGGAGGAUGUGAAGAAGACGAUCAUGAGCAAGGACGCGGGUCGGGAGGAGAAGUGGGAGGCGUUCCAGGUGUUUUACGCGCAGUAUGGGUGCAUGGUGCAGCCGUUCCCGGAGGACUUUCUGCGGAGCAUGGAUGCUCGCUUCGGCGAGGACGCAGACACGACAACCCUCGAUGCGAUGAACGCUGGCGACCUCAAUGAAUGGGACGUACGAGACAAGCUGGGAGAAAUCGGCGUGCCUUCGCUUGCUAUCAACGGUGCGAGAGACUUUUGCCAGGACUGGGUCGUCGCGCCCUUUGUCGAGAAGAUACCUAACGUGAAGUGGGUGAAGCUGGAGCACUCGAGUCACUGUCCAUUCUGGGAGGAGCGGGACAAGUUCAACCAGGUCGUAGCUGAGUAUCUCGGGUAUUGAAGGAAGCCAGUGAAACAGAAGAAACAGAUGUAUGCGUUUAGAAUGCUAUGCUCUACUAUGCGAUGUUGGAACGGA